CACUUGUUCAUGGCUCCUUCUCUUGAAAAAUUUGUAUAUAAAGGCAAAAGCUAUAAAACUUGUAAUAUCUGUAGAGCUGUAAGAACUUCUAAAAAAGAAGAACCAAUUGAGAUAAUUUCUCUAUAUGAAGUUAGUAACUAUAUCACGAAUACAAUCAAUAACUUAGAAAAUCAAGCUAAGCUUUCUCUUACUUAUCAUAUUUGA